AAAGACACCAUAAUGCAAACUUAGAAGACUUAUUCCAAGUCAUGUGAAAUAAUGGAUGUAACUUUUUGCUUUUGGAAAAAGCACAAGAUAUGGUCUGAGAAAGUUGUAUGUGUAGUGGGUAUAUAUAGGAGAAUGGUGGUAGUGUUAUUUCAACUCAAAAUCUAUUUUGCUUUGAAGUAUAAAUCAGAGUUGAGCAAAAACUUUGUCAAUCUUAUUGUUAUAGAAAAUCAGAAAAAGAAAAAGUAAUGGAGUUGCUGGGACGUUAUUGGUGGUGGCCGGUGGUGAUAGUUUUGGUUCAUUUUGGUAUGAAUGGUUGUUUUGGUUGCUGGGAACAAGAGAGAAUUGCUCUCUUGCAAUACAAAGCUUCCACUGUCAGCUACACUGAUGAAUCUCAUUUCACACCUUGGGACUCAGCCGACAAAGAAAGUGAUUGCUGUGAGUGGGAAGGUGUCAAGUGCAACCUUACUACUGGCCGUGUCAUUGAACUUACUAUACGUUUUUCAAUGACAGAAAGUGGUGGUUGGUACUUUAAUGCCUCUCUAUUUCUUCCCUUUGAAGAGCUCCAAUACCUCAAUUUUGGUGAAAAUUUCAUUCGUGGUUGGGUCCCAAAUGAAGGUUUUGAAAGAUUCUCUGCGUUGAGCAAGCUGGAGGUGCUUCGCUUGGACGAUAAUUAUUUCAAUAACAGCAUUCUUUCAUCCUUGAGUGGAAUUGCUUCCCUAAAGGAACUAUAUUUGGAUGGAAACAAUUUUAAUGGAUCAAUCCAAGGUUUUGAAAGACUCUCUUUGUUGAGCAAGCUGGAGGUGCUUGACUUGGGUUUAAAUAAUUUCAAUAAUAGCAUUCUGCAAUCCUUAAGUGGUAUUGCAUCGCUCAAGAAACUAGAUUUGAGUGACAACAAUUUGAAUGGAUCAAUCCAUAUCAAAGAAUUUAAAGCAUUUAGCAACUUGGAGGAGCUUGACUUGAGUUUUAAUAUGAUCCAAGACUUCGUGACAACAAAAGAUUCAAACAUCUUAACUAAGCUGCAACUCCUAGACUUGAGUAGGAAUGAUUUCAGUGCACAAGUUCUUGAGUCAUUAACUGCCUUCCCAUCGUUGAAGACAUUUCUCUUCAAUGAAAAUUAUAAUUUGGAGGGAUCGUUUACUACUAAAGGCUGGUGUGAGCUUAGGAACCUCCAAAAGAUAAGCCUCGCCGACAAUCAUUUUGAAGGGGUAUUGCCUUCAUGUAUGGCAAACUGGACAUCACUUCACUCUUUGGAUCUCUCUGGCAAUCACUUCAGUGGGAAUGUCCAAUCCCUAUCUGAUUUGAGAUCACUUGAGUUCCUUUCUUUGUCAAAUAAUGAAUUCUUGAACCCAAUCACCUUCUCCUCCUUUUUUAACCUCUCAAAUCUCAAAUUCCUCUUCAGUGAUAACAACAAAAUUGCUUUUGAAACAAACUCUCAUACUAGGGUUCCAACCUUCCAAUUAAGGAUUUUCAGUUUGUCAAUGUGUUCAUUUAAUGGACUCAAUACAACGCUUCCCACAUUCCUUCAUUACCAAUAUGAUUUGCAAGAAAUUGAUCUCUCCAACAACAAUUUGAAGGGGAAGUUCCCCACUUAGUUGUUAGAGAACAAUACAAGAUUGGAGGUUCUUAUUUUAAAAAAUAACUCUUUCACAGGGUCUUUCUUGGUGCCAUAUGAGCAUUAUCUUCAUCCCAACAUUA